AUGACGUUUUUUAAUCCUGGAAUAAUCUUGAAAGAAAAACCGACAUGUAAACACCCGUGGGAACAUAGGAUUAAAGCUAAAUACUCCGGUACAUAUAAACACAGUCACAAUUCUGUCGCAAAUCCAUCAUAUCCGGCUCCCAAAACUGAAGAACUUAAGCGUUUAAGAUUUAUAGUGAUUGGAAACAGGGUAACAAAAGAAUUUAUUUAUUGCAUGCAUAUGGUAAGAGGAUUGCAUAAGUGUAGAAGAAGGCAGUUUGAAGCUCCUAUCGUACGAGGAGUAAGCAGUGUCGAAUGGCCAAAAGUAUGGAAUGAUUUGAAGAUUCAAUUUGGUGAAAAAGUGCAUUGUAUAAAGUCCCAAGUUGUUGUGUUGUUAAACAAUGAAUUUCUAGGCGGAGAACAAGAAUUACUAGAAUUGAUUGAAACCAAAUAUAUUUACAAUUAUCCUAAAUAUUUAGAUUUUCAUAAAGAAGGCAUUGAACAAUUUUCCAAUUAUAUUAAGUCAAGUGGUAGACCGUGCGCUUUUCUACACAUUGCUAUCGAUAAUGUACCCAUAGGACCUUUAAUAUUCAUGCUAUACGCUGAUAUAGUCCCGUUUACAUGUGAAAACUUCAUUAGGCUGUGUGAAUUAAAGAAAAAUGGCUAUGCGGGGGCCCCUAUCCACCGCAUUGUACAAGACUCCUGGAUACAAUGUGGAGGGUUUGCAUUGAAAAAUCCCACUGAACUGGACUGUGAAAAUUAUAUUGUUCCCCAUGAUAGACGUGGAGUACUAGCCAUGGCUAAUGCGGGCAGGAAUAAAGACUGUUCUACACAAUUUUUUGUACUACUACAACCAGCCCUUUGGAUGAAAAACAAAUAUGUAGCAUUUGGCCAACUUAUUGAAGGUGAACAAACUCUUAAAAAGAUCGAAAGUGUACCGACAUGGUACGAAUCACCAACAGCUAAAAUAACUAUUUACAAGGCAGGCGUUUUUAACAUGGAGUGCCAUUGGAGGCCAAUUAACAAAACUGCUACUGAAUACAUAUCUGGCCAUAUUGAAGAUCUUGUUCAACUUGGAGCAUUAUUUUAUGAGGCCUUAUUGGAGAAGUUAUAUGCGGCAAUUGAAGAGAAAAAAAGAAUGGCAGAAGAAUUUGCACUAGAGGAGUCUGACAAAAUUGUUCAAGAUGUCCGUUCAAGUCAAAAUAGUGAAAGUGUGAACGAUGAUUUUGACGUAGAUGAAUAUGAAGAAUAUGAAUCAGAGGAAGAAGGUGGGUUCCAACAAGCCAGCGAUGGUCUUUCUGAAUUGACGCCUAAAUCAAGUAGAAUUGUUGAGAAACCCUAUUAUUUACCUCUAACGGACGUCCCUUACCCUGGAGAAGUUGAAUCAGCCUUUAAUUUACAAAGAUUGCUGAGAGGUGACUAUUGCCUCGAAACUGACCUAGAACAAGACCGUGAGAAGAGAAAGCAAUUGUAUGUUAAAAGAGAUGUGAUAAAUGUACCUGAUGAUUUACUUGAUGCUUUAUUCGAGUUCAAUGACUUAGAAAUAAAUUUUUCGGAAAUGUCUUUAGAAUUAGAUGAAGAAAAAGAUAUCCGGGAAUAUAUUAAACAAAAUGUAGAUACGACCAGUUUCGGAGGCUCGAUCAUUAAAAAAAUUGCUAAUGAGGAGGGAAAGUUUGAUAUUUUUAAUGAAAUUGAGGGCAGCCGAAAGAGAUAUACUGACGAAGACCUCAGGUUAUUUAGGAUCACUGCAAAAGAAAUUAAAAAUCGAAAUCAGAAGAAGAGGGUAUCAAUCAGCACGAAAACUGCAACGCCAUCGCACACUAAGAUCCACAGACGUCCAACCGGAUUUGUCCGUCCGGAAGACAUAGAGGAGUUUGAACAAAUUGUUGAGAAACUAAAGGAAGCUGAAAGAAGCAAGUCAGAAAUAGAAGCAUUAGGGACGGUCCGUGUAGCAGUUAACAAUAAGGAACCGAAAGGUGUAAUUGACAGACGCCCAACCGGUUACAUACACAUACAACAAACUACAAAACCGAGAGCGUCAACCCUUUCACGACUUUAUGAUGAUGUAUCAUUGUCAAGUGAUGGAAGCCUGCCCACGUUGAUGACAUUCAAACCCGCAUCAGAAAUGAACGAAAAGUAUCAUUAUAGAUACCUAACCAACUCUCCCACAUCUUUACAUGGAAACUCAAACGAGAAAUAUAUUGUCUCUCAUAUGGAUACAAAUAUGGGGACCCAGUUUUUAGAAAAAACCCUUGAUUUGCAACAUGGAAGAAAACUUACUCGAAAGGUAUCUUCAGAUUAUGCUCGUACAAUGACCUACACUGACCAUGAGGCAAGGAGCUCUUUAAGGACUAUAGAAUUCGCUAGACAGCGGCCAUCGAUGUCUAUAGUUGAAUAUAAAAUGAAAAAUCAGAAGUAUCAAGACGAGCUAAAGGCCGCAAGGAGCAAAACAGGUAAGUUCUAA